AAAAAAUUUUAAGGGCCAAAAAAGGAAAAUAUGAGAAAACUGAGAGACCCGGUUAAUACGGCCAAAACGACAAUAAGGAUUAAAAGAAAGAAAGGCAAAAAAAAAAAAAAGAAAAACCCUCGAGCUUCAACUCUCUUACCGCUAUUGCCGGUAACAGAUCGAGAAUGCGGAGAUCGUUAACGGCGCUGGUUCAACCACUCGCGGGAGCGCGUGGGUUCUCCACGAGCUCCGAGAAAGUCGUGGCUUCCGUACUGUUCGAGAGGUUACCAGUCGUUAUCCCCAAAAUUGAUCCUGUGGUUUAUGCAUUUCAGGAGUUCUCCUUCCGAUGGAAACAGCAGUAUAGACGCAAAUAUCCUGAUGAAUUUUUGGACCUGUCUAAAUCUAGAGGAAAAGGUGACUACCAAAUUGACUACGUUCCAGCUCCAAGGAUCACUGAAGCUGACAAAACAAAUGACAGAAAGUCAUUGCAGCGAGCACUUGAUAGAAGACUGUAUCUUGUUCUAUAUGGGAACUUUCAUGGAGCUCCUAGUGGGAAGCCUGUCUGGCAUUUUCCAGAAAAAGUUUAUGAUUCAGAGGAGACAUUGCGCAAGUGUGCGGAGUCUGCCUUAAAAUCUGUGAUCGGAGACCUUUCUAAUACUUACUUCGUUGGAAAUGCUCCAAUGGGGCACAUGGCUAUACAGCAGACAGAGAACGUACCUGAACCUUAUAAGAGAUUCUUCUUCAAGUCUCAAGUGAUUGACACCAACAAGUUUAAUAUUGGGAAGUGCGAGGAUUUUGUCUGGGUGACCAAGGAUGAGCUGUUGGAGUUUUUUCCUGAACAAGCCGAAUUUUUUAAGAAGAUGAUCAUCAGCUGAUGGCAAAUUGCUCCAUACAAUCUUUCUUAUAACUUAUUUUGUGGCUUGAUUGUAAUUUUACCUGUAGAGAAUGAAUCUUUGGCAGUCUACAUCAGAAAGUCCUACCUGACAUAAGACAGUAGAACGUCUGGACAUGAAAUCAGUUGGGGAAAAUAACGAAGCUCAUUGGUUCAGGAUGGUUUCAAAUAGUGCAAUACUUGAAUUUCUUUUGUUGGGGACUGUAGAUGCAUGAAAUUUGUUGUUCUCUAAUCACUUCGCUUUUAUUA